AUGGCCCCUGAAAUCUACGAAGUCUUGAAAAAAUACGACUCAGAAGGGCUCGUUCCCUUUUGUAACGCGUGCAAAAGUAGUAUCCUUGGCGAGCACGCUGCGGACACCCACACCGAUACAGCAGACGAAGACAAAGCCCUCGAACAAGAUGCGACAAAUUCAGAUGCGGCGAUGCCAGAUACGAUACCGGUACCGGCGACGGCGCCAAUAGAAAAUCUGCACCACGGAGACCCACCUCUCGUGCUUCCUGCUACUUUAAUCGAUGAAAAUGCGGGAUGGAACACGCUGAAACCCACAAAUAAGAGGGCCGAGCUGCAGAGGGUGCCGAAGGCUUCUACUUCGAAGGUUUCUGCAUCGAUAUCUAAGGCGUUAAGGGCAACAAACGACCCAACUGAUAGAAAGAAAUCACUUCUCUUCUUUAAUGUGUCUGAAUCCGAAGGAGUAGAUGCAGAAACACGUGCUUAA